AUGCCUCCUAAAAAAAAAGACGAAGAAAUAAACACACAAGAUUUACCACCUUGGAUUUCUUUAAAAGUAAUAUUAAAAUAUCAAGGAAAAAAAUCCCGUUACUAAAAUCUUAUCCAAAAUCUAAAAAUUAAUCCAAAAUAAUUUUAAAAAAGCAUUUUUGUUGAAGAAAUACUUGAAUUUGCAAAAGAAAAAGGAUUAUAUGUUAAUCCAAAUAGUUUAAAUGAAAAAUAAAAAAAAGACCCGAAAUAAAUAGAAUCAUUAAAUACUUAAAUAACUCCUUAAUUAUUAGCAUAAUCAUUCAAUUAAUUAAUUUAAGAUUUAGAUAUAAAAGGAAGAUUAGCAAAAAAAAAACACUUGAAGGGAAAGAAGAAAAACCUGAUUUAAAAAAGAGUUAAGGAAGCUAAAAAAGACAAUAAAAAAGUUGCAAAAAAUGAUAUAGUAGAAGAUGAAAUUAAAAAAGAAGAAGUCAAAAACGAAAUCGAAUAUUAAAAAGUGUUAGAUAUUAUUUAUUUUUUGAGUGAUUUUCCAAAAUUAGAAGAAAUUUAAUUUAUAGAAUAGGAAAUUAAUAUAGUUUUUUACAUAAAAGAAUCAUAUUAGCAUAAUAAUGAAGAUUUUAAUAAUACACUACUCAAUUAAAAAAAUAAUUUCGAGGAAGAUUUGAAAGAAAGAAUGAAUGACUUUAUAGAAAAUAAUAAUAAUUAAAAUGGUAUUUUUUUAAAAAAAAUAUAAAUUAUAUUAUAAAAAAAAAAAGAAAACAAAAAAAACAUACCAUAAUAUGAUGAAGAAGACAUUAUAUUUAUAUUAGAAAAUUAGAAAUAUAUAGAAGAAUUUAAAAAAUAAUGUAAAAAAAACUAACAUAUGAAAAAUUCUUUCGUCCGAAACUUAAAUUUUCCAAUUAACAUAAAAAAAGAAGAUGAAUCUCUCUAAAACUUUACCGAAAAAUUAAUAUAAAAUAUUUUUUAAUUUUCUAUUGACCUUUGCGAAUACCAAAUAUGGCUGUAAAGUAAACCUUUGUAAAAACUAUGUCCUAAAGAAUACCAAGAAACAAUUAAAAAAUAGCAAGAAGAAGAGGAUUUAAGGCUCAAAGUUUUAAAAGAAUAAUAAGAAAAAGCCUCAAAAGUCGAACUAGAAUCUAAAAACAAAAAAGGAGCAUAAAAAGAGACUAAAAAAGAUACCAAAAAAGUUGAUGAACCAAAAUAAAUAAAAGAAGAAAAAAAAAUAGAAACGAUAGAAAAACCGCCUGAAAUAAUCCAAAAACUUUAAGAACCUUUUUUCCAGUAUUUUAAUUAAUUAAAUGAAAUUGAUCUUUAAAAUACCACAACAGGAAUUAUAUUGGAAUGUGUUUUAGACAAUAUAGAAUAGAAAGAUGGAGUCUAAAAAAUAAACGGAUAAAAUCAAAUUUAAGAUAUAAUAAACGAUAUUUAAAGCUUUAUUAAUUUAUAAAAUGAAAAUCAAAUAUAAAAUUAUAAAAAGAAAAUAUAAUUAACUGAAAAAGAUAAGAAUUUUCCUUCCAAAACAAUUAUUGAUGAAAAUGAUUUGAUAGAAAAUAAAAGUUUUAAUUUACAUUUGAAUAAUUUUGAUAUUAUUUCUAUUAGAGAAAAAUCGUUAUUUAAAAAUAUUCUUUUACCAGGUGUUAAUAGAUUUUAAAUGCCCUAGUAACCAACUAAAAAUGAGCCUUAAAGAAAAGCAGAAAAAACUUAACUUUAUUCAUUUAUAACUUCUGAUGUUAUUGAAUUUGAAAGAAGAUAAUCAAUUUUUUUUUUUGAAAAAAUAGCUAAAGAAAUAGAAGCAAAUAGGGAUUGGGAUUUUAGUGACAGAAUUUAUAUGGAAAAAUAUGAUUCAAAUAAUUUAUCUUAAGUUUUAUAUCAAAGUCUUCUUUAUGAACCUUUUGUUUAUACAAAAUAUAAUGAAGAAUAUGAUAAUUUAUAUAUAAUUAUUUAUUUUAAAAACCCCCCGGGAAGGAUUUUAAGAAAAAAAUGGCGUACAGAAUGGCGAGUUAUACCAAAUAUCGAAAAUUGGAUUAAUAAUUUUAAAAGCAACCCUAAAAAUAUGCAAAAUAAUUUUUUUUAUGACAUAGAUAGUGAGAAAAUAGGAAAUAUAUACGAAAGUAUCAAAUAUAUGUAUCCAAAUGAUAAUUCAGUAAUUUUAGGUGAUAAAUAUUAAGUUGGAAAUAAUAUGUAUUAUAGAUAUAAAAUAAUUAAAGAAAAUGUAGUUUUUGGAAUAAACGAAACAAAUGAAGGACAAGCUUAAUUUUGGGCUUAUUUUGAAAACAAUUCUUAAUUGCUUAUAGAAUUAGAAAAUUUAACAAAGAAAAAAAAUUAAGAUUAUUCUUUAGUUUCAACAAUGAAUUAAUUAAAUGAAGAUUAAAAAUAAGAAUAAAAGCAAGAAGAAGUAAAGGAAGACUUGUAAAGUUAAAUAUCAAUAACAUUGCCAAACGGUUUACUAUUGAAAUUUUUACCUAAUGGAGAUGUAAUUUAAACUAAAUUAGACACCGAAAAAAAACAUUCAUAUAAAGACUUCGAAGAUAUAGUAACACCCCAUGAGGAAAAUAUUAAAAACACAGAAACUGAAGUAAAAAGGAUGAUUACAGGAAAAGGGAGUGUUAUAAAAUAUAUGAAAGAUGGAUCUACAAUUAUUCUAUACGCAAAUGGAAAUACAAGUUUUUCCUAAUAAAAAAAUGGUAUAUGGAUUACCACAAAUAACAAAGGUUUUAGAAAAGUCAAAAAUAAUAAAGAUAAUACAGAAAUACCUUUUUAAAAAUUAAAUAUUUAAGAAAAAAUAGAUCCUGAAUUAUGUUGUAAAAUAAUAAUUCGCGAAGAUCAAACUUUAAUAAUAACAUACAAAGAUGGUACUAAAUAUGUAAAGCAUCAGGAUGGAACUGAAAUAAUAACUUCUCCAAAAGGCGAAUAAAUAAUAGUUGAACACCCAUAAUUCGCUACAGUGAAAGUAUUAUUUGAUGAAGUUACAGCAAGAGCUGAUACAGUAAUUGGAAUGGGAAGUUCUUAUGCAAAUGUAGGUUAUUAGAAUCUUUUUGAAAGAUCAAAUGACGGCAGAGUUAUUGAAACAUAUAUUUAAGAUGGUACAAAAGUAGUUGGAUAUACUGAAAAAUAAGAAUUACCUGGAUAUAAUUAAUGGAUAAAAAAUUUCAUUUAUUUAAUUUACAUGUAAGAUGGAAGUAUAUGUAAAGUACUCGAUAAUAGCGAAAUUGUGUUUAUUUCAGCUGUAGAUAGGGCAUCUUUAAGAAAAAACUCAGAAAAUGAUAUAUAAUAUUGGUUGUAACUUUUUUGUAUCCGUGAAGAAAGAAAAGGAGGUGUAUAUUCUGGAAAUUUAAUCCAGAAAUGUAUAUGGACGAAAGAUGAUGAAGGCAAUUUCUUCGAAAUAAAAAGUAAUGGAGAAAUAUCUACAAAAAUAGCAGUUUCUCUUAAUUUAAAUCAAGAUUAAUUUCAAGGCAUUCCUUUUGUAAGACCUUCUACUCCUGAAUUUUAACAAGAAGAGUAUAUAGAAGAAGAAAAUAAAUUCCUACCUUAACCUCCUACUUGGAUUCCUGUGAAAUUAUUUGUAGUUUAAAAUGAUAAUACAGGAUAUUAACUUUUAAAUGAUGAAUAAUUAAAUAAUUACAUAAAAUUGAAAAAUGAAAAUAAAAAUUGUGUAAAAAUAGAAGAAAAAAUAAAUUCAACUUAAAAUUGUACUUCUAUUAGUUAUAUUACUCAAAUUCUUAGUAUAGAAGAAUAAAAAAUUAAAUUUAUUAAUCCUAUAAUUCCCAAAAUAUUGAAUACCAUUCCAAGUACAUUAAAACAAUAAACAGAAGUUUAAAAAAAAGCUUAUAAAGUCAGAAAUUUAUUGAAAUUUUAAAAUUUUAAUCAGCAUUUGAGGUAGUAAUAUUAAAAAGAUUUAGAUAAUUAUAAUUAAUGGAAAAUUAAAUAAUAAUAAUUAAAAUAAAGCCUUAAAGUUAUUUAAAAAACAGAAGAAUAAAAAGAUGCAGAAUACCAUAUAUAACUAAAAAUUUAGUAGAAACUUAAUUAAAAUUAAUAGAUACUUUAAAAUUCUAAUAAAUGA